AUGUCUGGCCAGGAACAGAAUGAUAAUAAGGAAGGCGCCAUCGUGGCUGAUAACGGUGAUGGGAUUCUAACCUCUGGUUCUGUACACCCUUUUCGCUCUUCAGUCCUCCAUCAAUCCAAUCCAAUGCUGCCGACUCGAGCACUCGCCAUACAAGCCCGACGUUGUGACUCUUCAUCGGAUUCUACGAACUCAACGUUAUCGUCGAUCGGUUUGGACUCUAUCUCCACGUCGUCCGCAGAACUAUCAUCCGCAUCGUCACCCGAAUCCUGGGCUGACUGCUUCAAACAAGCCACUCUUGACACCAAAUCUAAUACUCUCAUCAACCCGUCCGUACAGUUGAUCAAGAAGGCCAUCCAAUCGAUCCAAGACGCUCAGGUACCGAGUUCAACCAUGAAUCCAAACUAUCUAUACGUACGGAACCUCGAUGCAAACAUUGUGAGCCAGAUCCUAGGAGAGGAGCUAUCCUUUCAUGGAGUUAGGAUGACUCUUGACCACCGGCAACAUCAAAUGAUUCUCAAAAUUAUGCCAUACGUACAACUCGAGCAAAUUGCUUCCUUUUUCGCAUUGCACAUCACCCAUGAGAUGGAGAAAAUGGGCCUCUUCAUGGAACAAGGUGACUGGAUUGCACGGGGAUCAGGGAGGGUCUUUGGUGUCUCGUCUAUAAAGGAGCCAGAUUACUCCUUCUAUCCGGACAAUGUUUUCGACUCAAAGGGCGGGGGCAUGAAAUACCCGACACUCACUCUUGAAGUUGGGGUUUCAGAAUCAUAUAGACAACUACAGGGAGAUUCCCAAUGGUGGGCUGCCAACACUUCCGGUCGUUGCUCUCAAGUCUUCCUCAUCAAGGUCAGACGACGACCGGUUUGGAGAGUAGACUUCGAGGUCUGGAGGCGGGUGCCAAACCCUCUUUCUGGCCCAAGAACUCGAGCCCGUCCCGAAACCGUUUUCCAGCCUUGUCAGCACGCCUUCCUUGAGAAUGGUGUAGUUCACGGGGCGCCACUCAUACUAGAUUUUGAGAUGAUGAUGGGUCGCCCUCCGACAGGCUCUAGGGAGCGUGAUAUUGUGUUUGGCUCAGCAAAUCUUACAUUGAUCGGAACUGAGGUCUGUCGUUGA